AUGCCUCAGACUGUCCUGGGACUUGUGAUCUUUUUGCCUCCACCUCCCCAGAACUGGGGCUUCAGGUGCUUCUGGCCUGGAGCGCCGCUGGCACCUGCCCUGGCCCAGCCCCGGCCCAGGCCCCGGUCCCGCGCAGGCCCUGCUCUUCCGGCAUUUAAGGCGCGCAGCCGGCGAGGCUGCAGCUCCGGGGCGUUUGAGAGUCGCAGCCGGCAGGACGCACAGAGCAGGAUGGGCUGCAGGCACAGCCGACCCAGACGCUGCAAGCGCGAGAAGGUGGAAGAGACACAGACAGAACUUCUGGAGACACUGGACAAGGAGGGAAGGAUCUUGGAAGGAAGGCAUGAGGAAGCUGGGCAAGUCCCGAAGACAUCCUAUGCACCAGAGAAAGAUGCUCUUAGUGACUGUGUCCAAGAGGCCAAAGCCCCACUGCAGAACAACUGUGCUACGCUGGCCUCACCACAACAGGCCAUCCAAGCCCAGAUGAACAAGGUGGAUGAGCCCCUCCUUAGCCAACUCUAUAAGAACCAUAUCCAGGAUUAUGGGAGCCCCGGCCCCUUCUGGGAGCAAGAGCUGGAGAGUUUGCACCACGUUAUUGAGAUGAAAAAUGAGCGAAUUCAUGAGCUGGAGAAGCAGCUCUUCCUCCUGGAGAUGCUGAAAGAAAAAAAUCUGAUACUAGCCCUGAAAAACACCACCCUGCGGCAGGAGGUUGAGGACCUACAAUUCCAAGCUGGGAACAGGUUGACCAUGCCAAGGCAGUUCCGGAAAGAUCUACUUCAGGACCUUGAAAAGGAGUCACAGAAUGGCCACUGCUGCAGCAGACGGAGGAGCCACUAACCCAUCUGAGCCCUUGGGGCCAUCACACCAUCCAUCUUAUCCUGCCCUCUGCCACAUCUCAAGAGACCUCUCGGUCCUCGGUGUACAGGUGCAGGGCCUGGACCCACCAUGAUUCACAGACUCACUGCUCCCUCCAAAGACUCUGGGGAGAAAAGAGCAAGAGCCACUACAUUCUUCUCCCGGGAUGGACAAGGUGGGAAGGAGAGAUGUGUGUAGCCAACGAUGCUGAUGGGGAAAUGUGGACCGCCAGGACCACCCCCAAGAAAUGCCUUUCCUUAGGGAACAAACAAAUAGAGUUAUCUCUCUCCCCUUUCCUCUGUCCUCAUGAGGGCACUCAAGACCUCUCCUGUGGCAGCUGGAGCCAUCUGUACCAUUUGACAAAAUCCCAGAUCAUCAGCUUUGCUGAGCACUC